AUGACUCGUUAUUUGCAACGUCAUGAAAGAAUACAUACAGGAGAAAAGCCUUACACUUGUGAUGAGUGUAAUCGGAAGUUUUCUGUAAAAGGAAGCUUAAUUAGACAUCUUCGCACCCACACCGGAGAAAAACCUUACACUUGUGACGUAUGUAAACAAAAAUUCUCUCAAAAAGGAAACUUAAUUACACAUCUUCGCAUUCACACUGGAGAAAAGCCUUACACUUGUGACGAGUGUAAACUUCUGUUUACACAAAGAAUAGACUUAAUUAGACAUCUUCGCACCCACACCGGAGAAAAGCCUUACACUUGUGAAGAAUGUAAAAAGAAGUUUUCAGUAAAAGGAAACUUAAUUAGACACCUUCGGAUCCACAACGGAGAAAAACUAGGAGAAAAGCCUUACACUUGUGAUCAAUGUGAACAGAAGUUUUCACGGAAGGAGCACUUAAUUAAACAUCUUCGCACGCAUACUGGAGAAAAACCUUACACUUGUGACGAGUGUAAUCAGAAGUUUUCUGAAAAAGGAAGCUUUAUCAAACAUCUUCGCAUGCAUACUGGAGAAAAACCUUACACUUGUGAUGAAUGUAAACAGAAGUUUUCAUGGAGGGCGAACUUAAUUACACAUCUUCGCACGCAUACUGGAGAAAAGCCUUACACUUGUGACGAGUGUAAAAAGAAAUUUUCAGUAAAAGGAAACUUAGUUAGACACCUUCGGAUCCACAACGGAGAAAAACUGUAUGAAUGUCAAUUAUGUAAGAAGAACUUUACAGCUAAACUAGAUUUGCAACGUCAUGAAAGAAUACAUACAGGAGAAAAGCCUUACACUUGUGAUGAGUGUAAUCGGAAGUUUUCUGUAAAAGGAAGCUUAAUUAGACAUCUUCGCACCCACACCGGAGAAAAACCUUACACUUGUGACGUAUGUAAACAAAAAUUCUCUCAAAAAGGAAACUUAAUUACACAUCUUCGCAUUCACACUGGAGAAAAGCCUUACACUUGUGACGAGUGUAAACUUCUGUUUACACAAAGAAUAGACUUAAUUAGACAUCUUCGCACCCACACCGGAGAAAAGAAAUUUUCAUGUAAACACUGUAAGAAGAACUUCACAACUAAACAAAACUUGCAACGUCAUGAAAGAAUAUAUAGAGGAGAAAAGCCUUACACUUGUGAUCAAUGUGAACAGAAGUUUUCACGGAAGGAGCACUUAAUUAAACAUCUUCGCACGCAUACUGGAGAAAAACCUUACACUUGUGACGAGUGUAAUCAGAAGUUUUCUGAAAAAGGAAGCUUUAUCAAACAUCUUCGCAUGCAUACUGGAGAAAAACCUUACACUUGUGAUGAAUGUAAACAGAAGUUUUCAUGGAGGGCGAACUUAAUUACACAUCUUCGCACGCAUACUGGAGAAAAGCCUUACACUUGUGACGAGUGUAAAAAGAAAUUUUCAGUAAAAGGAAACUUAGUUAGACACCUUCGGAUCCACAACGGAGAAAAACUGUAUGAAUGUCAAUUAUGUCCAGAGAAAUUCAUUCGAAACACAGACCUAAAAAACCAUUACAAUAUUCACAAUUAGAAAUAAUUUUUCUUCGAAAUUUAUAAUUUUUAUUUAUGUAUAAUAAUCACAAGGUACAAAUAAAACCAGUUUAAAAUUAAAAUCAU